AUGUCAUUGCUCAACUCUUCUGGAAGUAUACCAUUUUUGGUCUUAACUGCUAUUUUUUUAUUCGUUAGUCCAGUGAUAUUUGUGGGGAUUGUCACAAUGUAUGGGAACCUAAAACAAAAGAUCUCUAAUGAACUCUCUGUACAUGUCACUAGAAUCGUCAAUGAUCUUGAUAAUACACUAGAAAUCGAAAAUAUCUAUAGUUCAGGAAAAAGUACUUUGGGUAAUAUGCUUCUCGGAAGGGUGCAUAACAAUGAUCCUUUCAAUACUUCAGCUGACAUGGUGAAAACAGUAACUAUCGAAGACGCUCAAUAUAGUAUUGUUGACACACCUAGGGUCUUUAAUGAUCAAACACCUUCAGAAUAUAUAAUUGUAGAAAUUUUUAGAUAUUGCCUUCGAUGCGUUUAUGGAAUAAAAGCUAUCUUAAUUAUUUUUGGUAUAGUAAAUAAUGUAUCUUACAUUAUCGAGUUAAAUAACAAGACUACAAGAAUAUUGCUUAUAAUUUCAUUUACAAAAGCGACCUGGUAUACAUCCGAACAACACAAGACCUUAGAAAUUAUACAAGAAUUUUUCAGAAAUGAAGCACUAAGGGAUUACAUUAUAAUUGUAUUUUCUAAGCCAACUAAAAAUCAAAUGAGAAAUCCAAAUGAAAUGCAACGUGCCUGGAAUAGAGAUUUUACCAGUUUUAUUGAAGUAAUGAAUAACCAUUGGAUUAAAUAUCUCAUUGCUAAUAUACCAGGAACCUAUUUUUCAGAAAGAUUUAAUGAGGUUCGAGAACUUUACAAGUUGAAUCUGCAUCAAAGACAAGAGGAGGAAAGAUUAGCGGAAAGGCAACGCAUAGAAAAUGAACAAAAUAUUAGGAUAAGAGAAGCUGAAAGAAUAUAUCAAGCCUAA